UCUCGGUACCGACCUACGUCAUCAAACAAAUUCCAAGAUGCCUGAAAUGCAAAUACCUCCUUUUUUUCUCUAAGGCCCCAAGGCCCCAGCCGAGCCAGCAGCAGUUCCGCCCUCAUGAGAAGCGGGAAUGAAAGUUUGUACCAGUACGAUUUUGGAAAAUGAUGAAAAGGCACAUGUUUUAACCAAUUGUGCGCUUAACUAAUUUCAGCCUGAAUUAUAAUUUUUAAUUUCAGGGAUAGUUAAUCUGGAAUUUCUCGGUUUCGCUUCGUGUGUGAACAGUGUUGAGUGUUUCAUUUCUUAGGAAUAUUGAGACAGUGUUGGCAAAAGUGUCGGACUUAAAUUUGCGCCAAAACCGAGGGUUAGCGUUAGCGAAGUUGUGCUUGUGAUUGUGGAUGUGGUGAGUAAUUUGCUAAGUCCAACUCCAAAGAAGUCUGACGAGGAAGUGUAAGAAUGAGACGCUUUAAGCACAUUUUGUUCGAAGAUGAACACAAAGCCGCACACGAGCACUUCAAAAGGUGCACAAAUAUUCAGCUCGAUAUAGAGGAAGAAGUUCCAUUAAUCAUCAUUAGUUCCUUGAUCGCGGAAGGACAUUCUGAUAAGAAAAUAAAGGCCAUCCUCAAGCCUGAAAAUGCAAGUGGCCCAGCAAGCACUACAGAAACUGCUCCAGCAGUCCAACAAGCAGUUCAACAAGCAGUUCAACAAGCAGUUCCACCACCUUCAGUUUUGCCCCCCGCUGCAAUGGCGUAUGGCAGGAUGCCCAUGUACUACCCACAAUACCCUCAAUACUACCCAAACAAUUGGCCAACCAAUUGGCCAACCAAUUGGCCGCAAGUUGCAGCACCCCCACCACCGCCACCACAGCAAACCAUAGUUCAACAGGGCGAACGCAGCCGCCAAGUAGGCGAGAAGGAAAAAAGAUUUCGUGAGAGAAGCUCCUCAAGAAGACAGAAGUAGACUGUGUCCAGACAAGUCCGGAAUUUCCAGAUUCGGAAUUAGUACUCAUUUUUUUUGCGGAUUUUCCGCAAGGUCUGAAAUUUUCUUAAUUUUUUAGUAGAAACGACUCCAUUGUUUCCUCUUUAAUUUCUUCAAGACUGUGUCCAGACAAGUCCGGAAUUUCCAGAUUCGGAAUUAGUACUCAUUUUUUUUGCGGAUUUUCCACAAGGUCUGAAAUUUUCUUAUUUUGAUUUGUUUUUCUUUUUAUAAAAUAAAGGUACCUAAGUAAGGUGUGAUAAUCUAUCUUAAUGGGUGGCUAUUGUUUUUUUUUUUGUUCAUUCUCAGUAUGCUUUAAGGUUGUUCAAAAUUUUUGUCUAGAUUUAAGA